AUGAGCUUUAAAGAUGCGUUUCAACCUAUAAUCAAUCAUCCAGAAGAACAUGACUCAGUUUUAUUCCAUGAUGAUAAUGUAGUGAUAAUCAAAGAUAUGUUUCCCAAAUCAAUUCGACAUUUGUUAGUCAUUCCACGCCAUAAAGAAGUUACAAAAAGACAUCCAUUGGAUGUAUUUAAUUCAUAUUAUACUGAUUUCACUGGUGAAGAAUUAUAUGAUAUGAUUGAUGAAUAUGUUGAAAGAGCUAAGGAUAUUAUUAUUGAAGAUUUCAAAGUAAAAUUAAACAUAUCAGACAACCCAACAAUACAAGAAUUACGAAAUAAUUUUAUACAAGCUGGAGUUCAUUCAAUUCCAUCACUAGAUAACUUUCAUAUUCAUGUCAUGACUCAAGAUUUCAACUCCCCACGAAUGAAAAAUAAGAAACAUUAUAAUUCAUUUACAACAAAAUUUUUUGUACCAUUUGAUCAAUUAAAUCCUUUAUAUAAUGAAAAGUAUAACAAAUUGAUUAAUAAAAAUGAAGAUUAUGAUUCAACUUCGGAUAUUUCCUCCUCGGAAUCAGAUUCGCCUGAAUACAUAAGACACAUAAGAUCUAAACCUGCAUUGGAAGAUAUGAUUAAAUCAACACCAUUUAAGUGUUCAAGUUGUGAUAAAACGUUUGGUAAUUCGAUGGUUAAAUUAAAAGCUCAUUUAAAUGAAGAAUUUAUAAAAAGAUUUAAUACGUUUGGAGAUUCAACAUCUAUUAAACUUAAUAAUAUCUGA